CCGCCCCCGGCGGAAAGCAGGCGGGGCAGAGGCCCCUCACGGCGCUUCUCGACCUGGUAGCGGAGGCGAUGGCGGGCCGAAAGUCGUCGAAGGAGAAGAAGCGGCGCCGCUCCCGUUCGUGCUGCCCCGAGGCGGCCGCGUGGGUGGGUGGCGGCGAGAGGAAGCGGCGGAGCGCGGAGUCCGCCCGCGGCGCUCCCGCGGAAGAAAAAUGCAAUGUGCCAGCUGGAGAAAAAGUGGAAGAAGCUGAACAACCCAGUGAUGUAGAGGAAGGAGGAUUAGAUCUCAGUGUGUCACUCAAGCCAGUUAGUUUCUACAUAGCAGACAAAAAAGAAAUGCUUCAACAGUGUUUCUGUGUCAUAGGGGAGAAGAAACUACAGAAGAUGCUGCCUGAUAUUUUAAAGAACUGUUCCAUGGAUGAAAUCAAAAGGCUUUGCUUGGAGCAGUUGGAGCUGUUAUCUGAAAAAAAACUUUUGAAGAUACUUGAAGGCAAGAGUGAAGCUGAUUCUGAUACUGACGAGGAUGGAGAUGGAGGAGACAAGACUGGAGGUGAAUCAGUCAGUCAGCAGGACAACAGUAUAGACUCUACUUCUUCCUUAAGAGAUGACAACAAACUGGAAGGUCAGGAAUCAAAACAAGGCAAAGGAGAAGAUAGUGAUGUCCUCAGCAUAAACGCAGAUGCAUAUGAUAGUGAUAUAGAAGGUCCGUGCAAUGAAGACAACGGCUCAGAUGUGCAAGAAAACACCAUCAGAAGUGGAGCUGGUCAGAUAGAUGAUCUUCAGAAGGACAUUGAGAAAAGUGUGAAUGAGAUACUGGGGUUGGCAGAAUCUAGCCCAAAGGAGUCCAAAAUGGCAAGCGUAGCUGUUCCUCCAUCGGAAGAUGUUCAGCCAUCAGCACAGCAGCUGGAGCUCCUGGAGCUCGAGAUGAGGGCCAGAGCUAUUAAGGCUCUGAUGAAAGCUGGUGAUGUAAAAAGCAACCCUAAGGUUAUUUAGAUUAAAGCUUCAGUAUACUUUGAAGAACGUUAUAUCUUUUCAGCGCUAAAGUAUAUUUGGGUUGGGUAUGACAUUCCUCAUUCAGACUCUUACCAUGUAUCCCAACCUGCAGCUCAAGCCAUUGAUCUUUGUUUUCAUUGCCUUUGGUGUGCUGCUUCCAUCGCUGGCACAGAUGGGCUGGUUUGACGCUGCGCUGAACAGUGUCUUUGCCGCAUUAUCUCCUCGAGGAGGUACAAUUGACAGACAGAGCUAUGCUGUGAACCUGGUGCCUUCAGGACAGGUUAGAAAAAUCAAGCUCGUUAUAACCCCAUGGUUAGAAAUUAACCAGUUAUUUUAUUUAUUAGCAACUUCUUAACUACUUGAGAAACUUGAUUUAUAUACACUUCUUUAAAAUGCCAUUUUGAAGAGUUUUUUGUGAUGUGACAGCCUUCAGCAUUCUGCAAGGUGAUCUGAGAUGCUUAUUUCUCCUUGAGGUCCAGCUCAUAGUAAUGUAAAUAUUCCAGUAAAGUUGAAUGAUGAUUCAUUUUCAGAAAGUUAAAAGCAUGGUUAAUUUUAAAAAAGCUAAUGUGUUAGAGAGGUGUUUUUUUUUUUUUUUUUUUAAUAGUUAAACUGUUAUUUUCAGAGAAAGUGCCUGAAAGUGACCAAUACCAGGGUUUUUAUAUUGCCGAUUGUCUAAUCGUUACUCUCCUCCACUGUUUGUCUUCUGUCUCAUAACUGAAAUAAAGAAAAUGGGAGAUUUUUCUUG